ACCGGACUUUGUGAAAUUGGCCCUAAGACGGGAUCGUACAAAAUUGUCCAACCGGUGCCAAUAAAACCGUAGGAAAAGAAGCAGCAGCUAUAUUAGCAGUUUUGUCUAGUAUGUACAUACAUACUAGACUAUUAUAUAAAAGUCUGUGAUUGACUUUUAACCCUACAAAGAAAAAAAUUCUUAACCUCAUUAUACAUCAAACAUAUUAAAAAUUGUAUUUUUUAUAACUUAUUUAACUAUACGAUAAUAAAAUUUGUGUUAUUGGUAAUUUAAAAAAGAAUUUCACACAUUGUAUUAAAUCUGCAAAAAAUAUUAUAAUAAAUGAAACAUGAGUUGUCAAAAAGGAAAUACUAGUCGAUCAAGACCUCAGAAAUACCAGAAUCAUACAGCUUUCAAAAAUAAUUUGUAUGAUAACUCUAAGAAAAUAAAGUUUAUUAAUAGUAUUGAAGUCGCGAAUGUUUGUGAACGCUGCAAAAAGAUAAUAGAAUGGAAGAUCAAAUAUAAGAAAUACAAAGCACUUAAAGGUCCAGUAAAAUGCGUAAAGUGUGAACAAAAGACUGUGAAACAUUCUUAUCAUAAUAUCUGCUUGCCUUGUGCCAAGCAGAAUGAAAUUUGCCCAAAAUGUGGAAAGAAGAAAGAAAUUGUAGAAGUAAAGCCUAAUAGGGAAGAAUUAAUUAAAUUGGAUGAAGAAUUUAAAACAAUUUUAAAAACGUUGUCAGAAAGAAAACGAAGGACGUUUUUACGUUACAUGAAUCAACAAUUGUAUACAGAUAUAAAAGAAGGUGAUGGCAAAGACAAAAGCGAGGAUAAAACAGAUUCCAAAGGAAGAGAAGAUUUACUAACAAAACUGAAAUCAUUAGCUAUUAUAGGAGAGGAAGAUGAUAACUUCGACAGUGAUACUGAUAUUGAAAAUAAAGAUAAUAAUUUUAAUAAUGAUAUUGCUUGAUUAUGUAAUAAAACAUUUUCUAAGUAUAAAAAGA